AGAAUAUGGUGAAACCUGGCAUCGGGGAGGAAUGCUUGCCAACAAACAAAAUGUCUUUGAUGACUUCCAGUGUGCUGCUGAGUACUUGAUCAAGAACAAGUACACAUCACCAAAGAAGAUUACAAUCUGUGGUGGAUCUAAUGGAGGGUUGUUAGUGACAGCAUGCAUUAAUCAGAGACCAGAACUCUUUGGUUGUGCAAUUUCCCAAGUACCAGUUACAGACAUGCUGAAAUUCCAAAAGUUUACCAUUGGACAUGCGUGGACCACAGACUUUGGAUGCUCUGACAAAAAAGAAGAAUUUGAAUGGUUGAUCAAGUACUCUCCACUUCACAAUAUCAAAGUCCCAGAUAAUGGUGUCCAGUAUCCCGCAGUGUUGUUGUUAACUGCUGACCAUGAUGACCGUGUUGUUCCUUUACACUCCUUCAAGUACAUUGCUGAACUUCAACACACAUUGGGUGGAGUCAAGCAUCAGUCGAAUCCCUUAUUGAUCCGGGUCGAUACAAAGGCAGGUCAUGGAUUUGGCAAGCCAACAGCCAAACUGAUUGAAGAGUAUUCCGAUAUCUUCUCAUUUAUUGCACGUAAUGUUGGGGCCAAAUGGCUUGAUUAACGUAUUAUAACAAGCAUCGAGUCAGCUAGUAUCUUAUUAUCUUCCAUAUUUAUUUAUAAUGUACUGAUAAUAAAACUGAUAUAUUGCUCUAAAAACAAUAAAAACUGCACCAUCAAA